UUCACGGGGCGCGGAAGCCAAGCAGCGUUUGCUCGAUGGGAGAGGGCACAACAAGAGUGAGUUUUCGAGGAUGGCGACUUCUAUUGGGAAGGAUAUCAGUACCACGGGAAUCAAGUUGACGAAGCUGGGCCAGCUUGCCAAGCGGAAAACCCUGUUCGAUGACAGGCCUGUCGAGAUCAGUGAACUCACCUUCGUCAUCAAGCAAGACAUUGCCAACAUCAACAAGCAGAUAGCUUCCCUACAGGCCUAUGUCAAACAACGCAAACUCCAGAAUACCUCCAAGUCACCUGAGUCAAAACAACUGGAUGAGCAUAACAACAACGUCGUCAUGCUGCUGCAGAACAAACUUGCGGAGACGAGUAUGACUUUCAAGGACGUGCUCGAGAUCCGGACACAGAACAUGAAAGAGUCGAAAGACCGGACGGAGCAGUUCAUGUACUCUACCGCUACUGCGGCCAACCAAGCACCUUCAAAUUCGUAUCUCUUCUCUAGCACACAGCGGGCAGAUCCCAUGGGCGAUGGGUCCACUGGACGGUUGGACACCAAGGGCAAAGGUCGCGCCACACCGAACGGCGACAUGCUUGCCCUUGACCUCGACCGAGUAGAAGAAGGUAUGGCUGGUCAGAAUGGCGGAGGUGCUUUCAUGCAGAUGCAGCUCGUAGAGCAACAGGACAACUACAUUCAAUCCCGGUCCACCGCUAUCGAGUCCAUUGAAUCCACCAUCGCAGAGCUCGGUCAAAUCUUCAACCAACUCGCACACAUGGUCGCCGAGCAGCGAGAAACUGUACAGCGAAUCGACGCAGACACGGCAGAUAUCGCAGCCAACGUCGGUGGCGCCCAGCGGGAACUCCUGAAAUACUAUGCGAGCAUUUCGAGCAAUCGCUGGCUCAUGCUGAAAGUGUUCGGCGUCUUGAUUGUCUUCAUAUAUACUCUCCCCUCCCAUGCACUAUGGACAUUUCACUCGUUAUGA